AUGAGCCCGGUCAAACGACGUCGCGUAAACCCAUCUCCGUCACCCUCCGUUGACGACCGCUCGAUCCAAUCCCCCGUCGAAUCCUCGUCCGACGAACUGGCCGCCGGCUCCGACCGCGACGAAGCCGAGCGCCGUCGCGCCAGCUGGUCGCUGCAAAAAGUCUACCCUCCGCAACGCCCGUACCCGCGCUCACGCAGCUACAGCGGGUCAGAGAGCCCCGACGAGCUGGCUGUCGAUGCAGAAGUCUACUGGCGGACGUCGCGACGGGGCCGCGGGCGCCCCGCGCGCAGCCCGACUCCGACGGAAGUGAGCGAGGAUUACCAGGAUGGGGACGAGGAGGGGCAGGACGAGGAGCCGGAGGAAGAGCCGGACGAGGAGCAGGAGACCGAGGCGAUUGGUCGCGGGGAUGAACCAGACCAGGAGGAGCUUGAGGCACUAGGGCGGGGCGAUGAUGGGGAGGACGAUCGCGAUGACCACCGAGAGAGAGAUCGAGAUCACCGCGAUCAGAAUAUGGACGGCGGGGUCGACGAUACCCCGAUGGCCGACGACUACGAAGAUCGCUCGCCGACGCCCGUACCACCGCCGCCGCCGGUACCCCCGAAACCCGAUAAGCUGGAGUAUCGCGCCAAGUUCUUGCUCCGGGGACAUUUGCGGGGGGUGUCUGCUGUGAAAUUUUCCCCGGAUGCUUCUAUGAUAGCGUCGGCGGGUGCCGAUGCGGCGGUUAAGGUCUGGGACACUCGCAGCGGGAGACUUAUCAACACCUUUGAAGGCCAUUUAGCCGGCAUUUCCACCAUAUCGUGGAGCCCAGACGGGGCGACCAUCGCAUCGGGGUCAGACGAUAAGACGAUCCGGCUAUGGAAUGUGUUGACGGGCAAAGCACACCCGAUCCCCUUCGUGGGCCACCACAACUACGUCUACCAGAUUGCCUUCUCCCCCAAAGGCAACAUCCUAGCCAGCGGGUCCUACGACGAAGCCGUCUUUCUCUGGGACGUGCGGUCGGCCAGCGUGAUGCGGUCGCUGCCGGCGCACUCGGACCCAGUCGGCGGCAUCGACGUGGUGUGGGACGGAACGCUGAUCGCGUCGUGCGCGACGGACGGACUGAUCCGCAUCUGGGAUACGGCAACGGGCCAGUGCCUGCGGACACUGGUGCACGAAGACAACCCGCCGGUCACGUCGGUGCGGUUCUCCCCCAACGGCAAGUUCGUCCUGGCGUGGUCGCUGGACGACUGCGUGCGACUGUGGAACUAUGUCGAGGGGCGCUGCAUCAAGACGUACCAGGGACACGUCAACCGGAAGUACAGUCUUUCCGGCGGGUUUGGCAUCUACGGGCUGCCGGGGGCGCCGGCGGAGGCGUUCGUGGUCAGCGGAAGUGAGGACGGGGCGGUGCUGUGCUGGGAUGUGGUGAGCAAGAAGGUUCUCCAGCGGAUUGAGGGACACACAGGGGUGGUGCUCGGGGCGGACACGUGCUCGCUGGAGGGGAAACGCUUGAUGGUCAGCUGUGGGAUUGAUGGGACGGUCCGAGUGUAUGAGGAAGCAGACCCGGAGACAGAACCGAAGACAGAACCGAAGACAGAACCGAAGACAGAACCGGAGACAGAACCGGAGAUAGAACCGCACACGGUCAAGGAAGAGGGUCAGGAAAAAGAAGCGCCCGAACCGCAGGACACGGAAAUGGGCGAGGGAGAAUAG